AUGGUCUGGUACGACUCCAGCCACUUCAGCUGGCCGUUCUUCUGCACAUACCGGGAGUCCCCAAACCAGCGCACCACCUCAGUUGCCCUGAUCACUCACUACCAGCAGGUGGCGCUGCGGUGCAAUGAGUUUGAGAUGAAGCUGACUGAGCCGGUGCCUCAGACAAAUGCCCACGAAAGCAAAGAGUGGUACCAUGCAAACCUCUCCAGGAGCCAUGCUGAGAACAUGUUAAUGAGGGUUCCUCGUGACGGGGCUUUCCUUGUCAGGAAGAGGGCAGAACCCAACUCAUUUGCUAUUUCCUUUAGGGCAGAGGGUAAGAUAAAGCACUGUCGCGUGCAGCAGGAGGGUCAGACCGUGGUGCUGGGCACCUCAGAGUUUGACAGCCUUGUGGAUCUCAUCAGCUACUAUGAGAAACAACCUCUGUACCGCAAAAUGAAGCUGCGCUACCCCAUCAAUGAGGACACACUGGAGAAGAUAGGCACUGCUGAGCCAGACUACGGGUCACUGUACGAGGGCAGGAAUCCAGGUUUUUACGUGGAGGCCAACCAAAUGCCAACAUUCAAGUGUACGGUGAGAGCCAUGUACGAGUAUAAAGCCCAGAGAGACGAUGAGCUCUCUUUCACCAAAAGCGCCAUCAUUUCUAAUGUGGACAAACAGGAAGGAGGAUGGUGGAAGGGCGACUGUGGAGGGAAGAAGCAGCUGUGGUUUCCUGCUAACUACGUGGAGGAGAUCAGUCCUUCAGCAGCGGAGCCCGACAGAACUGAGAUAACAGAGAACAGCCCUCUGGGAGAUCUGCUGAGAGGAAGCGUGGACGUCUCUUCCUGUCAGAUUGUUGUGCGUCCUGAUGGGAAAGGCAGCAGGCCCCACGUCUUCUCACUUGUGCCCAAUGCCUCCAUGCGGACGGGCCCAGUGCUGGACGUUGCUGCCAGCAGCCCAGAAGAGCUCAAGGAAUGGAUGUUCAAAAUCCGUGAGGUCACCGUGACUUCAGAGGCAAAGCUGGAAGAGGGGAAGAUGAUGGAGAGGAGGAAGAAGAUUGCACUUGAAUUAUCCGAGCUGGUCAUCUACUGUAGGCCUGUGCCGUUUGAUGAAGACAAAAUUGGCACAGAGCGGGCCUGUUUCCGGGACAUGUCAUCAUUCCCAGAGACCAAGGCAGAGAAAUACGUCAACAAGAUCAAGGGGAAGAGGUUCCUGCAGUACAAUCGACUGCAGCUGUCCAGGAUCUACCCCAGGGGCCAGAGACUAGACUCCUCUAACUAUGACCCGCUUCCAAUGUGGCUCUGCGGCUCCCAGCUGGUAGCGCUCAACUUCCAGACCGCAGACAAGCCCAUGCAGAUGAACCAGGCCCUGUUCAUGUUGAACGGAAAGAGCGGCUACGUCCUACAACCGCCCAUCAUGAGGGACGAAAGCUUUGAUCCAUUUGACAGACAUACGCUACGGGGCCUUGAUCAAAUCACUCUAGAGAUAGAGGUUUUGGGCGCGCGGCACCUGCCCAAGCACGGACGUGGCAUUGUUUGUCCUCUGAUCGAGAUCGAGGUGUGCGGAGCAGAUUAUGACAGCGCCAAGCAAAAAACCGACUCGGAAGCUGAUAACGGUCUGAACCCUACGUGGCCCCAGAAGCCCUUCCAGUUCGCGGUUUGCAACUCUGCAUUCGCCUUCCUACGCUUUGUGGUUUAUGAGAUUGACAUGUUCAAUGACCAAAAUUUCUUGGCCCAGGCCACAUUCCCGAUUCAUGGUCUGAAGACAGGUUACCGAUCAGUACCUCUGAAGAACAGCUACAACGAGGACCUGGAGCUGGCCUCUCUGUUAGUCCACAUGGACGUCAUCACAGGCAGGGAUGAGAACGGAGAGGUUCUGAGCCCGUUUGUUGGGGUUGGGGCCACAUCAGUGUCUGCAUCCGCCCAAGCAGGCCGGGAACGGCUCGGGGACUUGAGCUCUGUGUCUUCGACCUCCUCCAGCAUGUCUGCUCUGCCCCAGUCACCGGCCCAGGCCAUGGCCUACACAGGGAGGGAGGGUCCCUUUGAAUCCCGCUACCAGUCCCCUCUGGACGACUUCAGGGUGCCCCAGGAGACCCUGCUGGACCACAUGGACGCUCAGAACAGAGGGAAUUUGCGGAGGACCCGUGUGGGCGGAGAGAACCGUGUCUAAGUCCAAGGCAAUCAGGACGAAUUUCUGUCGCACCCCCCCACCGCCAUCAUCACCUCAACCUCCCUUACUCCUCCUCCUCCUCCCCCUGUCGACUCCCCCCGUACCAAUGAUGUCACUGACUGCUGUGAACACUGUUUCCAUGGAAACGCCCACCACCGCUUUGGCCUACAUUUCAGGCAGCUCUCCCUCCCUCCAUUUUCCAACACCCACCCCUCUGUCUCUCUUUCUCUCCCCCUUCUCCCUCUCUCUCUCUCUCUCUCUCUCUCUCGCUCUAUCCCCGGCCUGCCUCCUCAGCACUCGCCUGAGGAGGAGAAGCGACUCGGACAUAAGAAAAGAGGAGGGGAGGGGGGGGCGCCGCGAGGAAGCUGACCACAGCGGACAGGAGGAAGAAACGGGACAUUCACAGGAGAACAAACACAAGGCUGAACGAGUUCCAGCUCUGGACGGGUCAUUUGCGGUGCAAGUCGUCCUCUAUUGUGUAUUAAGUGUGCACAACAGCUGCUUAGUUAGGAGGCUUAGAGGAGGGACAGAGACGGAGCUCAAAGAGGUAUCAGUUUGAAACUGUCUCCCAGUUAACUUUCUUUGAUCUACUCUAUUUGGCGUAUAUGAAUAUAUAUAUUUAUUCCUGCUAUGCUGUUGGCCAGAGAACAGCUGCAGCUGACCUGCUCUCAAAGAGCUCCUGUAUCCAUGUUUUUAAUUAUUAUAAUUAUUUAAACCUUUAGACAUUCAUAAUGUGACUUUUUUAUGUAUAUGUGUAAAACAUGAGGGCUCUCUAUGGCUAUUUUUAACAUUUCUCUCCUCUUUGCUUUGUGGAGGAAUGAGUCUCCAGUCUGACACCGUAAUCCUGGAGGGAUUUUACAUUUUUAUUUUUACUGUCUUUUUUUUUCUUUUUCGGAAAGGCAUCAGGAAGAAGUCAUAACCUGUUGUUGUUGUUGAAGCAGUGGGAGAGAAGGCAGCAGCUCAUGUUGUCUCUGAACACACUCAAACACACAUAGUCCUUUUUAUUUCUUCUAAUUUACAUUCCAAAACAAACUGCACAUCAUUCCAUGUUCCUGCACUGCAGACGCCUUCGGAAGCCACACGAUGUUCAAACAUCUGUCUCACUCACUUUCAGUCUUACUCUGUAAUGAUCACGUCUAUCUGAAACCUCAGUCCUUGUUAAAGCAGGACCAGGGACACAGUUUGACCCGAUGAGGGAUCAUGUUCCGAGUGUGUAAUGAUUCUUGUUUUCAGAACGUUUUUUUUCUUGCUUGUAUCGUCUCCCUGUGUUUUAAUGGCAGCAAACUUAUCUCAUCAAUCGAGAGGGAGUUCAAACGACUGCAGGUGAAAAUGAAAAUACUGGUUUCUUUAUUUUUUUGGAAUAACAGAGGUUCGAGGAAAACAUUUAAUUUUCAUUUACCGGGAACGUGGUAAAUGUUUCACCUUCAUCUUUACACCAUAAAUUAAUAUUGGAGUUGUAGAUUGUAGCACAGUUACACGUUUAACUGUGCAGCCACGUGUUCCCCGUAUUAAUAAUUGAAUGUUUUGUAAAUGUAGAUAUUUUUACUCACAUUUGUAUCUUCAAAACAAAAGCGAUGGCCCCUUAAUUCCAUUACUGUGACACAAGUAUGUUUUAGUACCAACAGACGUCUAAGCAAAGGUGAUGCUCUGCAACCAGCUUGAAUUCUAAAUUUGUCGACAAACUCUCAAAGUGAGAAGGUUUGCGUUGCCAAAGUGAGGUGUU